UCUCUGAUAUCAGCAUUGAUACACUUGCUUCAAAUAAAUUCUGUUUUGUUUCUCUCCAUAUUUCUAGGUUAACUUGUUAUGUUUACUUUCACUGUCAGCACUGAAAGUAUCGUUCCAAGUUGAAAAUCAUUUUUGUACUAGCACACUUAUCAAAAUUGAAAAGCUGUUGCCCCGUGAUAGCAUUUUUCAUGACGUCCGAACGCAGCCUAAUAAUUAUAUAUAACUUCCGUAUUUACCAGAAAUGCAAGACGGUGAUUGGCCGCCGCGUUUACCUUCCUUUGCACUAAUCUAGCUUUAUCUCACAGACUCGAGCGUCGUAAACACUGAAUGUACUUGAACGUUCGUAUAAAUUUACUUUCUCUUAUUGACACUAAAUAUUGAUUAUAAAAAUAAUUAAUAAAGUGUAAGGUGUGCAAACACAUGGCAAUUUAUAAAAAGCUAUGAUGGUAAAGCUAUCAUAGGUAUAAUAAAGUGAACCGUUACAUGUAAUAAGAAAUUUAUAUGCAUGCAAAUGGUAUUGAGUGUUAAUAAGUUUCUAUAUCAGAAUUUCUGUGUUUCUUCCUUCUUCUUCAAUUGUCUUCAAGUUUGUUGAAGACACAAUUCUUGAAAGACAAGCCAGCAUGACUGCUCCGAUCAGUACUGCCAUGGACAGCUUGAGCGCUGCGCUUAAAUCCAAUAUUAUUCCAAAUCAAGAGUACUUGCUUCAAGGAUCGGUAUUGGAUAGUGCCGUAGAAGUCCUGCUGCACAGACUUCGUGGUUUAUGUGAUAAUGUAGAUAGUGGACCAGAAACUUUCAACGAUCACGAGAUGUGCUUCAGCAUCCGCAGAGGCUCUCCACAAGAACAACCAUUAUUGUUACGUGUACGACGCGCUAUGGACUAUCAGGACAUGCCAUGGCAGUUGCGAUACAUCGGCCAACCUGAACUGGGUGAUAAAUCACGACCAACAAUUGUACGCAGCAGCAUCGAUAUCGCCACCAGCAACACAGUCGUGGAGUUUCUCACUGAACUAGGUUGCAAGCUAGAUUUUGAGUACAUUGCUCGUGGUUACAUGUUCCGCAAAGGCCGGAUGAAAGUUACCGUGUCAAAGAUCUUUAAGAUGAACCAAAGCAAGAUGCCAGAAAGUGUAGAAGCGAUAUCACAAAGCUACUUGGUAGAACUCAGUGUGUUGGCUCCCAGUGGGCAGGAUGCUAUUGCAGAGGACAUGAGGAUAUUUGCGGAACAAUUGCGACCCCUGGUGCAACUUGAAAAGAUAGAUUACAAGAGACUGGUGCAUUAGAAUAAAAUUACAAUUUCACUAGAAACAAGAGAAGAAGUAUGGAAUAUCUUAAAUAAAUUGUAAUGCAGAGAAAUUUCUUAGCUGAAAUAAUCGAUUUGUUACGAUAACAAAUAUACAAAAUAAGUUAUAUUUUAAGUAUUUAUAUAAUUUUAUUUUAUUUAUUUAUAUGAUUAUAUAUUUUAUGUCAUCUUUCUUAAUUCGAUUCUUAUGUUUCGUUAAAACGGUAGCGUAGAUAAUUAAAAGGAUAUUAAUAUCAAAUUUAAAACUUUCCUGGGAACAUUCAUGUAGAUUCUCUUUGGUUGAAUUCUUUGCGGAUAAAAUAAAAUCGAUAUAGGUUCACUGCA